AUGGGUUUAGAUAAUAAGGGGGGUUAUACUAGAAAUAAGAGACAUACAGCACAAGACCUCCGGAAGAUACUGGCUUUUGGCGAACAGCCUUUUGGGCGAGCUAUUCACGAUUCAAGAGAGGAAGGAAACGCGAGAGGAAAGCCUCCCGCCGAUUCAAGUUCAAGUAUACAUUCUGAAACUACAAGUCCAAAAGCAACAAAGCACCCCAAAAAAGUUACAUUUGCUCCUGCUCACCCCACUAUCCCGAAAGCAGCUUCCAAGCCCUCAGCUAACUCUUCUCGGUCAGCUAGUCAGGCGAAGGAAGUCGGCCUGGCAGACCAAAUUGGGGAUGAUGGGAUUGCACUCCGAGAUCACGUGGACCUUGGAAUAAAACCCAAAUUUGGCGACAAUGUUGUUAUGGUGGCCUACCGAAUUACAUCGUAUUACCGGUACAAAAAUCAUCCAGUUGUCUUUUUAUGGGAUGUUCGCGACACGGACGCCAAAGACCAAGUUCGUAUUGCUCUACGUAUUGAUGACGAGCACUUUGUGAAAUUCAUUCGUGGUUAUCAAGUAUCUACGGGUUUUGUUAUCGCAUAUGAGUCCUUCGGUGUGUCCCUCGUAGAAUUCGCCAUGUGUCGGGGUUUCGAGGAGCCUGUGUUGGUCUGUAUAUUGAGACAGAUUAUCAGCGGUCUCGAGUACUUAGACCAAGAAGGUAUUGACCAUCCUAAGUUAUCGUGCUCGAAUGUGGUUGUGGAUGCCUCAGGACAGGUCAAGAUAUGUAUGGCCAUCUCCUAUCCACUUCCUACUCCGUACAGAAUUGACCGAAAGGCAGGGGGUCAGCAUCAUUGCCGCGAGGGCAAGACUGACAAUCUCAUUUCAGGCUUGUACGGUAUUACCGCGACAUUACUUAGGGGAUAUGAUGGCGAAGGCUUCCAGGACGAUAUUGAUUUCAGCAGGUGGGGUGACCCACACUUGCCUGAAUUUCUCAACAUGAUGCGGAAGCUCCAAGACAAAGAAAUUGAUGCAUCAGCCGUUUUGACAACGAGUGAGAAACUGAGGAAGAUCAGACAAGGUAAGCAUGAACUUAUGAAGAGAUACAAUGACCGCAACCCACCGAUGGAAUUUCUGCAAUUGCGGGCAAGAUUCCUGACACGCUGGCUAGUGAUGGACAUGGAAGAUCCUGUCAACUGA